AUGGGAUUCUUGUUCGCAACACCGAGGGAUGUGACACUCAUUGUCAUUGAAGAGCCGAGCGAGAACGAUGAAAAUGAAACGAAGACAGCCUUGUUUCAUGUUGAUCGCUCAAAACUUAUCCUAAGCCGUCCAUACUUUGAAAGAAUAUUCUCAUCUCGGUGGGAAGGAUCCAGAAAUCACAAUCCCACUCUCAGAGGUGACACGAUCAAAGGCAUGGAAGUGAUGUUAGGGGAAAUUCAUGGAGUGGACACCAAGCCAGAGGCUGUCUUUGUUGCAGAUGUCUGGUACACAAUCAAGGCCUGCAACAAGUAUCAACUGGAUCCCAAGAAGCAGGUGGGCUGGUUCGCACAAUGGAUCAAAUGGAUUGACCAGGAAAACCCCGCAAGAUGGGAGGAUUGA